AGGGGAAGUCGCUGAUGUGAAACCUACAGCAAGCAAAUACCGAGGACCGGAGACGAAACGGAAUACCUUUUAAUUGAAUUUCUUUUUUAUUCUCACUGCUUUGGAUCAUUUGUUUUGAAAGCCAUUUAAAAGGUGGGUGGACAUAAAACGGUGAUCUACAUUAUUUGUUCCCCCCCUUCCUCUUCUUUUUGUUAUUUUUUCCACCCUUUUUUUAUUCCCUGGGAGAGACGGACUUCUCAAGUGCAUCAUUAUGUUGAACAAUAUGGAUUUGAACGCGAAAGAUUCUUUUUAUCCUCAAUUUGAGAAUUGCAACAGUUCUUCCCUGGGAAUGGAAAACAGCGUGCGGAAAGACGGUAACCAGGAGGUGUUCGUCGAUGCAGAACGGGGGGUACCUGCCCAGUUUGGCCACGAAGGAACCCCUGCAACCCUAAAAACUGAGGCUUCCAACUCGGAGUACGCUUUCAACCACUGCGAGUGCCCAAAAGACGCAUACACCCCCUCCUCCUCCUCCUCCUCCUCGCUCGCCUACUCCGGCAGCUUCUAUGUUGAGGCAUCUCAGGGAGCGCCCUGCAGCACCGAAACACUCCUCAACAUGAUCACCGAGAUCGUGGGCAUAUCCACGCUGCCGCUCUCAGAGGCGCAACAGAACGGCAACUGCAGCCGGGGGACCUACCCCUCGCCCGGGCCGCCGGAAAGCAGCUCCGGCGGCUUCGGGGACUCGAAGAGGCAGCCGUACACCUGUUCUGGACCCGAUCCAGACCAAACCCCGCAAGACAGCCAGGCCCACCAAGACCCGUCCACCUCCCAGUUCGGCUUUCAGAAGAAGCCAGAACCAAAGUCGGAAGCCGCGUCCUUCCCCGUUGUGGUUAAGAAUGAGUUUGAAAGCAGCUGCUAUGAGUGGGGGAGCUUUAACAAUAAGUCUGACUGUUUGGAGACCACUUUCCACACAGAAACAUUCCCCAUGUCCAAUGACUUCCCGCCUGACCAGCAAAUGGACGUCAAGGACCUCUUGGAGACCUUUCCCCCAAUUUGCCCCAAUCCAGACAUGGAGUUUAAAGUGGAGGGGGGCAUCAAGCAGGAGCCCUGUUUCUCUGACACCUGUUCUCAGAGUUACUCCAGCCCCCUUUACAAUAAUUACCUUCCACCUCCACCAACCAUGGGCCUGAAGCCCUUCCCAGAGCCUCCACAGCCAUCAAACCAGUGCGACCCUCUCUACACAUCUCCAGCCUUACCCAGCACCAUAGACUCCAUCCUGUACUCCUCCCUGCUGCCGGACUCGUUCCCGCAAACUUACACCAAUCGCACGGCGAAGCCCCCCGGCAGCAGGGCGAGGAAGAGCCCCGCGGCCUCCUCCAACGGCCCGGCCAAGGAGAAGCCCUUCACCUGCCCCAUGGAGAGCUGUGACCGGCGCUUCUCCCGCUCCGACGAGCUCAACCGGCACAUCCGCAUCCACACCGGCCACAAGCCAUUCCAGUGCCGCAUUUGUCUGCGCAGCUUUAGCCGGAGCGAUCACCUCACGACCCACACCAGGACUCACACCGGGGAGAAACCCUUUUCCUGCGACGUGUGCGGCAAGAGGUUCGCCCGCAGCGACGAGAGGAAGCGGCACGGACGCGUUCACCUGAAGCAGAAGGAGAAAAUGGAAAUAAAGCCGCAGGUGACCGCCGGGGCAUGGCCGUUCAGUCUUCCUGAGGGGAUAUGAAAGUUGCGCCCCCCCACCCCCAACCCCCUUGCUUUUUUUUUUCUUCUUCUUUUUCUUCGGGGGGGAAUAAGAUGUUGAAAGAAGAUGCCAGCCUGAGUCGGUUUUGCUUUGCAAAUCAGUCUGUAACCUCAGAGGUUGCUUUUUUAAAAAAGAGGAGCAGAGAGGAGGAAAAGAGCCUUACAGUAUGUUGCUGCUGACUUUCUGCAGCCAAGCCAAAGCUGCACAGGUCGGCUAGCAGACCAACAGAGACUUGUUGCUUCAACUUUCAGAGGUGCCAAAGCCUCUGUGCUCUGCACUGCAUGACUGGCCUGUUUCAGCACCUCUUGAAUCUGGACAGCUCCAGCCUCCAUUUGCCUCAGAGCCAUGGUUGGAUUGCACUUAACAGAUUAUACAUGAUGACUAUCUCCAUUUACAGAUUCCUUAUUUUCUGCUUUUAGCAUUCGUAGAGCAAUGAUUUUAACCUAUGUUUUCUUCAAAAACAAAAUGCAUGUUUGUUUCAAUGUUUUCUUUCCCUUGACUGGAAUAUCAGCCACUCUCAGCCCCUCACAUAUCGCAGUAAAGUGAAGGGUUCUUUUUUUGUUUUUGUUAUUAUUGUUUUUACAUGAAUGUAUGGUUUUGACCAUGAAGCUGUUCAUCUUUGAUCAGUUUAGUGUUUUUAACUUAUUCUUAUCAUUUUACCGUCAAUGUUUCUUUUGUCACUGGUCUUUGUGUUGUGUUACAAUUGUUUGGAUUAUUACAGUUGUGAAAGAUAUAUCAUAAAUGGGAAAUAAAUAUAUUUGUAUCACUGUACCUCUUUGUAUUUUUAUAGAUUAAGUGUAUAUUUGACAAUUAAUCCUAAGGUGAAAUGUAUUCUCAAUCAUAAAUAAUGUCUUGAUAAUAUUUUUUUCCUUUUUUUUUUGAGGGCUAUUAUUUAGUAACAACAUUUUAAAUGUUACAAUUUGAUAUGAGAAAAACCCUUUUCACACAUCAUUCGUUUAUUGGUAAGAUAGAGAGCGUUGUCUCACUGAAUUGUUGAUCUUGAUUUCAAAUGCGGAUAUGUACUCCAGUAAAUUAGGCGUGUUUACAGUUUGUACAGAAUUACGUUCAGGCAGGCUAGAAGUUCCUAGCAAACCACAUAAACAUUGCUUUUGAGUAAUCCGGUAGCACACAUUGCUGCGAGUCUUUGUUAGACUAUAGAGUAAAGGGUUUUUGACUUCUGGUAUCUUUUGCUGAAGGUACUGUUUUGCUGAAAUGUUCACUUUAGCAAAAAAAAAAAAAAGGAGGGGGAAAAAA